UCUCGUACGGAGCCAGGAUAUUCCAUGAUGUUCCACUGGCAGCGGACUUAGUUGCGCGGUUGUGCGUAGACCAAGACGAGCGUUCGAGUGUUCGGUUAUAAUCGUGGGGAAACAAUUACGGUAUGGUGAGCGACAAAUAUACGUUCGAUUUGGGUAGAUUCGUGUGACGAAAAGAGGGUGCGGGGAUCCGAUACAUUUUCCACGGACACCGCUGGCCUUUCUAUAUAAAGUAUCGCAAGGGAACGUGUUAAACUCGAAACAACGCGACGAAUAUAACGCCAGGAUAACGUCCUUCGGUGGAUAGAAAGUGUGCGAGUUAUCGGGGAAUCGAUAUACGCCGCUGUGCAGGCCACGUGUGUGAUGCAGUUAUGAGUUACCUCGUAGGCGUGUGUAACGAUCGAAAUGUUUCAUGCGGUGACCGUAUAAAGAGUUAGUAAAGCGGUUUGCUGGACAAGUAUUUAUGAAAAGGGAAAAGAGAACGGAAAGAAGCAACGGAGAUUAACAGUGACGCCGCGUGAAUGCUGGAGAAAGAAUUCGUUUACAGUUUGCCAAUAUAGGAAGUGACAGAACCAUGCCCGGUAAUCGAGGAAGUGGUGUGCACGGCAUAAUGCCACCGCACUAUCUGCACGAGUUGCCGGCAGAGGAUGAACAGAGACUGGAAAAGAUAUUUCAGAGUUUAGACUUGGACGGGAAAGGAAAAAUCGACGUCAAGGAUUUGUCGAAGGCACUCCGCAAGGUCGGAGUGGACAAAUAUUAUGCCGAGGAAUUUUUAGCUCGUUCGGACAGCACUAAGAGCGGCGAUAUUAGUCUGGCGGAAUUUAUACAUUACGUUCGCGAGCAUGAAAAAAAUUUACGUCUACAAUUUACCCAUCUUGACAAGAAUAAGGAUGGGAGAAUCGAUUUGGAGGAAUUAAUAAAGUCUUUCGAAGAAUUAGGGAUCAAGAUGGACUACGCGGAGGCGAAGAAAUUGCUUCAGAGAAUGGACAAGGAUGGAAGCUUGACUAUAAGCUUCAACGAGUGGCGAGAUUUUCUGCUUUAUGCCCCCAGCACCGAUCUUCUGGGUUUGAUCGAAUAUUGGCAUCAUACAAACGUGAGUACAUCCAUACGAUUAUGUUGUCGAUAAUAAUUACGUGUAGGU